AACUCUGCCCCUAAGCUUUAGCUUUCGAGCAGCGUUUAGUGGCUACAACCUCUUGCAGAGCUCCGGGAGCUGCCGCUGCUGCUCCUGCUCCUGCCCCUGCCCCUGCCCCUGCUGCUGCCGCUGCCGCUGCCGCCCGGCUCUCCGACUACAGCGCAGCUGCCCGUCUCCCCCCUUCCCCAGACCAGCCAGUCCUGCCCGCCUAGUCUGGUCCAGCCCUUCCCCGGCCGGGGCGAUGCGCCUGAUCCAGAACAUGUGCACCAUCGCCGAAUACCCUACUUCGGGCAGCAGCGGCAGCGCCGCCGCCGCCUCCAUCGACUGCUGCCUGGGCGCAGUGUCUGGCCGCCGCCUGGUCAAGAUCGCUGUCGUGGGGGCUAGCGGAGUCGGCAAGACGGCACUGGUGGUACGAUUCCUGACCAAACGAUUCAUUGGCGACUAUGAAAGAAAUGCAGGUAACCUUUAUACCAGACAAGUCCAAAUAGAGGGAGAAACACUGGCAAUCCAGGUUCAAGAUACACCAGGAGUCCAGAUCCACGAACAAGGGUUGAGCUGCAAUGAACAACUGAAUAGAUGCAUUCGCUGGGCUGAUGCUGUGGUGAUUGUCUUCUCGAUCAUCGAUUACAAGAGCUAUGAGUUGAUCAGCCAACUGCACCAGCACGUCCAGCAGUUACACCCAGGAGCCCGGCUUCCUGUUGUCAUUGUGGCGAACAAGGCUGAUCUGCUCCACAUCAAGCAGGUAGAGCCUCAGCACGGACUGCAGCUGGCCAACAUGCUAGGCUGCACGUUUUACGAAGUAUCUGUCAGUGAGAAUUACAAUGAUGUCUACAAUGCCUUCCAUGUCCUGUGCAAAGAAGUGAGUCACAAACACCAGGUGGCUAGCACACCAGAAAAGAGGAGAACCUCUCUCAUUCCUAGGCCAAAGUCUCCCAAUAUGCAGGACCUGAAGAGAAGGUUCAAGCAAGCCCUGUCUGCUAAAGUGAGGACUGUCACUUCGGUCUGAAAGCAAAACUUUUGAGAGAGAUUUUGGUCUUCCAAGGAAGUAGUCCUGAAGUUCUAAUCCUGGAACAAGGAAUUCUGGUACUACAGGGUCUACGGAAGGGCUGAACGUGAGUGGCCGAGGGGUCCUUCUGAACUGCUGCAGAAUGGAAAGAGCUGUCUUCUUAGCAGGAAAGAAUUGAUGAGCCCUGACAAAGUUCAUGAAGUGGUUCCAGCAUGUGGCCAGCAGGAUACAUGCUACUCAGAAGGGUUGGACCUCUCUGAAUCAGUGAAAUAAUCUGUGUCGUCUUCCCCUCGUGGGGUGUGAGUGCUGUAGUGUCUGUCUACACCUACCACCUUUGUAAAGAAGCUAGCCAAUUGUAGUUUCACAGGUAAAGGACAGAAACACUGUGAUAUACAAUGAGACUAGAAGAACAAGUUACAGGGGAGUGUUCCUAGGCUUCUCAUCACCUCCUCCCUCUCUCAGAAGAACGACUUUGCAAUGGCAGUUUAAUUUUUCAGUGCUGAAGCACAAAAAAAUUAAUUUGUAAAAUGCCAUUCUAUCUUAGGGGGUAACCAAAUUCCUUCAUGAAUAAGGAGCAAAAUGUUCUCUAUGAAUAAAUACCACUGUUGUGUUUUGGGGCCUAAAUUUUCUGUAAGACAAACACAUACAUUUGUAAACGUAUGCAAAUGUACAAAAAAAAAGUUACUUGAUGCUUGCUUGAAAUGUGAUGGGUGUGAUUCGCUUAGUGGUUGAAUCUAAUGCUUCAGCCAUGGACACUCAGUAAUUGUUAGUAAUGUUUGACUGUUUCCUUUUGUUUUGGCAUCAGGUGAAGAAAAAAAGUGGAUAUCAUAUUAAUUGAUUUUGAUGUCAUUUGUAUAAAGGGCUCUUGGCUGCCUUCUAGGCUUGGCUGAGCCAUGACUGGUGGCUAACUGCUAAAGCUCCAUCUUCAGUGAGCAGAUGGAGGUGGGGGAGGUCAAGCAGCCUCCAAACCUAUACAAGAUGCACUUUAAAAAGCCACGUGUGCUUUUGCUUAAACUGUAAUUAAUUUAUUUUAUGUACAAUAAAAAGGUCAUCUAGAUGAACA